AUGAGGAGACAGUUAACGUGGGAAGAGAAGGGCAAAGGGAAGAUGGUAGAGCAAAAGCCACCAAGGAUCCGUGUGAAAGCUCCAAAUCUAGACACCACAACCCUAGUCAAGAAACACGAGCUCACACUUAUUGGAAGAGUAACAAACCCCGAUGAACAGCAAAUGAGAACGAUGUUCCCCUACCUGAUAAGGAAAUGGAAGCUGAAAGGAAGCGCUGCGGGGUCAGAUCUGGGACGAGGCUGCUUUCAAGUCCGGUUUGAACUAGAGGAAGAUUUGGAGAAAAUAUUGGCCAAACGACCACACCACUACGGGCACUGGAUGCUUAUCCUCCAACGAUGGGAACCAAUAAUCUCUCCGACGUUCCCGGCAUACAUUCCUUUCUGGAUUGAGCUAAAAGGAAUACCACUACACUACUGGCAAAGAGAUCUCCUCUACAGCAUAGGAGAAGAGCUGGGAGGAAUGAUGAAGCACGAGAUUACAUCUACAACAGCAAGAAUCAAGGUCCUCAUUAACGGUCUCCAGCCACUAGUAAAGGAAACCAUUAUAGAAUAUUCGGACGAGGCAGAGUCAAUAGUCUCUCUGGAGUAUGAGGGACUCGAAAACCACUGCAGGAUCUGCUACAGACUGACCCACGACACCUACAGAUGCCAAGAAACGAAGGGAGAUGAGCAAAAUCCACGACUAAAAGAGCCAUCGGAAAGAGAAGAAAGGCCACAAAAAAAUUUCCAGGGUCAACCCAAAGGAGGAGAUUUCAACAAACGGGCGGACAGAUAUGGCAAACCUUAUGGCGACCGGAUCUCACAGAGAGAAAGAAACACAAAGGAGGAGGAGCAUCGGAGAAACCAAUCAAACCGUCGAAUUGAAACCCAGGGCUAUCGCAGGGAGAGAACCCCACCGAGAUCAAACCAUCGCACAGGAAAGUCUAGAGACAUGAGACAGACCCUACAAAACAGAGAAGAAGAACGCCGCAGCUAUCAACAUCCGCAACAAAUCUGGAGAGAAAAGGAGAGAGAUACAAGAAGAACACCACCAAGAAGGGAGGAAUCAGUGACGUCAAGACCAAGCCAAAUCCCGCUGGGGCGAACACUGGACUUCACAGGCUCGCCUACAAACCGCAUCCCAACCCUGGAGGAGGCGAUGGCGGAUCUUCAAGAGGUCACGGUCCAGUAUGUUGACUGUGGGGACCCAAUUGAGAGUGAAGCACGGCGGCAACGUGUACUCCUUGGCGAAAUGGAAGGCUUAAUGGCCACCACAGCAGCGAACAUGGUGACAGCAGCAACAGCAGCAGCAGCAUCAGAAACACAAACAUACCAGGAGAAUGAGCAGCAAACUCAAAGAUAUGCGGAAAUACAAAAUGCCCAAGAGCCUCAGGAGGAGGAAAACAUACAUGUGCCAUCGACACGAAAAAGAGGAAGACCACCACUCGCUAGGAAAACAUUGGGAAAGAGCCCGAUGAGGUUAACGGGAGCAACCUCGCCUUCGAGGAAAAUGAAUCUCACACAGAGGUCACCAUGGGGGAGGAAGAUGCAAGCAUCACAAGCUACAAAUGCGGGGGCAUCCACGAGCAGGACAGUGACCCCAAGACAGAAAGCAAUUAUGAGCAACCGGACGGGUAAUGCUACAAGGCCACCACGAGUCCCAUCACCACGAGCCCCAUCACCAAGUCCUCUAACCAGGAGGGUGGAUUUUCAGAAUCCACCAAAUCCUCUUCCUUAA